CGAAGAAGAAAACCAACGUGAAGCGUGUUGCGAUAUUAACUUUAAUACUGGUUCUCUUGCUCAAAAUGAACACUGAACAUUCUUUGAGUCGCUUUGACGAGCAGUCAAAGUUGUUGGUCCGGUCGUUGCUGUGUGGAGAUAGCGGUGCUAGCACGGCAGGAUGGCUGGAUGUCUUCCGGAGGCAGCAGCGGACUCUCCCCGAGUUGUCUUGGCCCAACUUGCUAGCAACGCUUUGUCGGGACGAAGUCAUCUGGCACGGGAAGGAUGACCCGCCUCUGACCACAGAAGCCCUGGUGUACCUGUUCCCUGCAUUGUGGAAACAAAACCUGCUGACAGUCAUCCACCUGAUCCACUCAUGCGUUCCCAAAGCCAGUGUCCUCCGUCUACUUCAGCGCCUCAGUCAGGAUGACAGUCCUGGUUCUUGGGUCACUGCAUUGACGAGACAACUGGAGAGAAAUCUAGGCUGCCCCUGCGAAGAGCACUUGUACACACAAGCGUGCCACCGCAGACUGGAGGAGCUGUCACGGCGAUUAGAUGGCGAGACCGCAGGGUGGGCUGAAUGCUUCAGUAUUCAAACCGAGGAGUCUCAGGCUGCACCUUGGUUGUCGGACUUUGGAACACAAAGGAAAAGGAAGGGUGACUUGGAUAUUCUGGAUUCAGAUGAGGACAGGCAACAAAGCAAGCGAGUACGGAUGGAUGACGGUAGCGGGGUGCAUGAAGGAGAAAAAGCAGCGAGUGAGGUGAUGCUGGAGGAAUUGGAUACGCAGGCAGGAGCACAGGAAAACACUCACCCUCUACCCGAUCACAGGAAGGGGGGUGCUCCAAGUGAGGUGCCAGCGCAGGAAAGCAGUCAUGAUUUUCUGCCUGAACAUAUCAAGGUGUCUGCUGUCCAAAUAAAGGAAUUACUGGAUGGCCAGACAGAGUGGGACCAGAGCUCUACGGAGGCGUUUCAACUGUUGAAUAACUGUGACACCAAACAAGUGCCGAUGCUGUGUUCCACGCUGGGUUUGUCUGACCUGGCAGAGCAGACUCUGCCUAAAGUUUGCAGAAGCAUACUAGCUCUCUCGCCUGACCUCAGCUUCAGCACAGCGGCAGCACUCAUCAAGAGUCUCCUGCUGCAGAAGGUCCUGUCCCUCUCGGAGCCGGCCUCCAGAUCUCUGCUGACCGUUGUCAUGUCACUCUGCAGCCGCUACACCAGAUCAAUGUGCCACGCCUUGAUUGAACCCGUUCUGGCGGUGGAGAGUUUAGGGGGUGCACAGGCUGAGCUCCUGAAGAAGCUGAUAGAGGGCUGCCUCCAUUCCCACUACACACUUCUAGUGCUCCAAAUGACACUCAGAAUGUCAUGGAGCGAGCCGGUGCUCUCUGUUAUACACAGCUUGCUGGACUCCGAGCCCGAUAUGAAUGAGGAACUGUUCACCCAGUUGACUGCUCAGCUGGUUCGCCAGGGUCCUCGCUUCACAAAGUCUGUGAACUUUGCCAAAUUGUUGUUGACUAUCCUCACAAAAUAUGGCAGCACUAUGAAUGCUUCAAACAAAAAGGACUUAUCUGGAUGCCUGAUGAUCCAUGGGACCUUUCUAAAAAAGUCUCUCCAAGCAGCAUUGAAAAGAAUCCCCUAAAUAUGUGGACAGCUAUAAAUAUAUAUAUAAAUACUCUCUUUGGUUCACAGGUCGAUGUGCAGCUCAGACAUGAUGAUAUUACGUUUGGUUGAAGGCUCUUUCCACGUUUCUGAGUUAGAAUGUUGUAUUGUGGUGUUAAACCAUGCCAGAGUUUCAGAUAAUGAGGUUUGGGGAUUUGGAAGUGAAAGAAGUUCUGGAUGGCUCAAAACGCUCGGCUUCAAAGGGCGUGGUAAAACUGUUCUUUUGUGAUGUCACAGAGGAGGGGCUUCCUUAUGGGCGUGGCUGUAGGCCAAUAUCCGCCAGACUGUUUCUGAAGCCAGAAGCAGGAAAGGGGUGUUAAUAUCGGACACACGGAACAUCCACGGAGGUGGAGAGGACCACAGAGCUCACCGAUGUCUGCACCAAGGUCGUCCCACAAAAAACGUGUAAUGACCACAUUUCUACUACUGAUGUUGUUCCGAGGUUGUCUGCAGUUUGUCAACACGACCUCCUCACGUCCGGCUUCUGAGCUCCAUGGCACCAGUGGUGCCUCUGACCAAGGACAAACAUUUGGUGGACUAUUUGUUGUGUGCAACUAGGCAUGUUUCCAUUUCACUAUAGGCUGUAGACAUGGCUAGAUGUUAUAUUUGGGAGUGCCUUCAUUUAUUUGGGUAAUUCUUACUAUGCUGGACGUCCGUAAUAUGCAGACAUAGAGUAGCUGCACCUUUAAUUGGAGAAGUGCAAGUAGGUCAUGUCGGCGUUCACCUGUUUUACCGCUAACUGGCAGUAUAAGCCAGAUAAAAGCACAGUCUGUGUUGAUCCGCCAUCUGCCCUUUUUUAUGCCGCUUAUCCUCACUAGGGUGGUGGUAUGCUGGAGCCUAUCCCAGCUGUCUUCGGGUGAGAAGCGGGGUACACCCUGGACUGGUGGCCAGCCAAUCACAGAGCACAUAUAGACAAACAACCAUUCACACUCACAUUCAUACCUAUGGAUAAUUUGGAGUGGCCAAUAAAGCUAGCAUGUUUUUGGAAUGUGGGAGGAAACCGAGUACCCGGAGAGAGCCACGCAUGCACAGGGAGAACAUGCAAACUCCACACAGAUGUCCAAGCGGAGAAUCCAACCCAAGUCUUCCCAUCUCCUGCCCCUGGCCUCCAUGCUCGCCACUCGGCCCGUGUGUUGAUCCUGUGGAAUUGAAUAAAAGGCAGUUAAGAAAGUUGACAGUUGGUUUGUUCUGAUCGGACAUCCUUCAAUGGAUCAGGAACUGGGCACCCUCCAGUCGUUAAAAUAAUAACCGCGCAUAUGACUAGCGCACCCGAUUUUAUAUAUGCAGUAACUAAAAAUCCAACAGUUUAGAAUAGAAACAAAAAUAACAAGAAGCAAACAGGGUAGACCUCAAAAGGUUAUUACUUAAGUCUUCUCCAUACGUCACGACCUGGCUCUUAGGCAGCGACAACAACAAAGGGGGGAGACCGGGCUUGACCAAACAAUGCCAACAUUUAUUGCCACAAAUCACUCAACGCAGACUACAACUACAGCUAAGCUCUAUCCGUCGGUCUCUCCCCUCAUGUGUCCUCAGGUCGAGGUUUUUAGGCUCCCAAGGUGUCACCCGGGCCCAGGUGUCGGGAGUUGACCUGCUUACCAACUACUCUAGGUCCUGCAGCAACCCGUCACGUGGACCAUAUAAAUCUUAUACACUUCGAUACAUGUUACUGUACUUGAUGUAAAAGAAUGGUGACGUGAUGUCUUGUCAAUAUAAAACAAAAGUUGCUAAAAUAACGGAUUUUUAAUUCACUUUGGAAAAAAGAUAAGAUUUUAUUUAAAAAACCGUUGCCGACGCUUUAUGAUGACGUAACAUAUGGGCUCUAUUUCAACGUCACUUCCCUUAGCAUUUCCUUUCUACGUAGCGAGACGAGGUUGCGAAGCUACCGUCAUGAGCAAGGUUUCCAGAGACACGUUGUACGAGGCUGUCAAGGAGGUCUUGCAGGGGUCCGUGACCAAGAAGAGGAAGUUUGUGGAGACGGUGGAGCUGCAGAUCAGCCUGAAAAAUUAUGAUCCCCAGAAGGACAAGCGUUUCUCCGGCACAG